AUGCAGAGAUGGAACGCCCAUGGAUCUAUCGAGACGGGUGACCGGUUGAUGCAUGAAUUGGUUCAUCAACAAGCUCUCGAGAUGCCACAGAAGCCCGCGUUAGAUUCGUGGGAUGGCAUUGUGACAUACUCUCAGCUGGACGCUCUCUCGUCCAAGUUGGCGUCCUAUCUCAACCAUCACGGCGUCGGACCACAUAUUUUCGUUCCGGUCUGCUUCCAAAAGUCCAUUUGGGCCAUCAUUGCCAUGCUCGCAAUCAAUAAAUGCGGAGCGGCAUUUGUACCUGUUGAUCCCAGUGUACCGGCAGAGCGCCUCUCGAGUAUCGUACGCCAGACGAAGGCGCAUGUAGCGCUAGCUUGCGAUGAACAGUUUGGCUCCCUGCACGAUACGGGUAUACCGGUUAUUGCAAUAGGGGAGAAUCAUCAGGAUGAGUGGGCCGACGGACCGGGAUCGAGCUUUGGAUACCCAGGUCGUACCUCACCGGCGUAUUGCUUGUUCACAUCGGGCAGUACGGGUGAGCCCAAGGGCUGCGUUGUGGGACAUGCUGCUUUUGCCUCCAUCGCCAGUCACUGUACCUCUCUAUACUUACAGUCAGAUAGCCGGGUUCUGCAGUUUGCCUCCCUUGGAUUUGGCAUGGCUUUGAUCGAAGUCUUCUGCACCCUCAGCUGUGGCGCGACUCUGUGUAUUCCGUCGAGUGCAAGCCGCAUGAAUUCGUUUUCACAGGUCAUCAACGACAUGGGGGGUGGACUGGGUGAGCCUGUUCAGGAAAGCCACAUAGCCGAUUGGGGGCGUCUUGCUCGACUCAUCCAGAUAUACGGACUGACGGAAUGCUCGGGGAUCUUUGCAGUCUCAGAUCCCAUCUUUUCCUCCGAUUCUGAGCAAACAGUCGGAUACCCAGUUAGUGGAGGAUGCUGGAUUGUAGACCCUCAUGACCACAGACAGCUGCGAGGAAUAGGAGCAGUGGGGGAGUUGCUCAUCGACACCCCCAAUCUGGCCCAAGGCUAUCUUGACGCUGCGCAACAAACAGCGCUAUCAUUUGUAUUUCCGCCCUCCUGGAUGGAUCAACAUGUGCCGACUCGUCAAAACCGACCAGCCGUCCUUUACAAGACCGGUGACCUGGCUCGUUUCAAUCCCGAUGGGAGCAUCUGCCAUAUGGACCGGAAAGACCACCAGCUCAAGGUCCGCGGUCAACGGGUGGAGUCCAGCGAGCUAGAGCACCAUCUCCGUUCCCUGUUUCCGAGAGUGGCCGACGUCGUGAUAGAUGUGGUGAUUCCCACAGAGUCGAAUGCGGUUCCCUCUCUGACAGCCUUCAUCCUCACAGUCGACAGGCCUACCGGGGAUGGGCGUCUUUUCUUGGAUGCGAGCGAGACUUUCUGCGCGGGGGUUCAAUUGGCCAAGCUGAGUCUGGCCCAGCUCGUGCCAGGAUAUAUGGUUCUUUCUCUCUUCCUUCAACUGGGGACAAUGCCCAAGACCAUCCCGGGAAAAAAGGACCGGCGUCGACUACGCCAGGAAGUUGCCCAGAUGACUUGGGAUCAGCUCAAGACGCUUAACACCGUGCAAGAAUUCACCGAAAAGAGCCCUGGUGUUCUGGAGACUGAUACAGAGCGGAUCCUUGCUCAAAUUUGGACAGAUCUCCUUCACCUCGACCCGAAUCAACUGGGGCCUGAAGACGAUUUCCUGAGUUUGGGAGGUGACUCAAUCGUUGCCAUGCGGGCUGUUGCAAUGGCACGCAUCAAAGGACUAGGCUUGACAGCAUCAGACAUCUUCACGUCCUCAAAUCUACGUGGAAUGGCCCAAAGUGCCAAGGUUUUGAACGUCUUGAACCCUCGCCAACAACAGGUGUGUCUGGUGGAAGAAGACGCCCAUGCAAAUUGUCUCUCCUACCUGCGGGAUCAAACCUCAUUGCUGGAAUCCUGUUCACAGACACCGCUGAUUCUUCCAGUCAGCAAGUCUCAAAUGUUCUUCAUUGAUCGCAGUUGCUUCGACUGGUUUGCCUAUAUCCUGGAGGGUAAUUUGGACACGGAUCGCCUGCAAGCCGCGUGCAACAUGGUGGUCAAGAAACACAGUAUUUUGCGAACGUUCUUCACCCAAAGUGGCCAGCGCACUCUUCAGGUAACUCUACCAGAUAUGAAGGCACAGCUGCACUGUAUCACGACUGCUCGCCAGGUUUCCGCCGUAGCCGAGAAGCUCUGGGGCCAUGAGCCCGAGUCGCUACCAAUGGAUCUUCUCCCAUUUCGGCUGAUGCUUGUCUCGAACCCCGAGGCAGAUCAACACGCUUUGAUACUCAGGCUGUCUCACGCCCAAUACGAUGGGAUUUCUUUGUCAACCCUGACCGAGGACCUGGCCGUGGCUUACGGCAAGGGCGCUCUCCCUUUCAGUCGACAAUUUUCCGAUUAUAUUGAAUGUAUUGCCCAGCAAGAUCAUACCGCCGACUACGCAUUUUGGCGCAACUAUCUGGAAGGCUCUACUAUGACCGACCUACAGGAAUGCAGAUUCACUAACGAGGACCGAAAAGCCCAAGCGGAAGGUUCUAAAGCAGUAGACGCAAAAGCAGUUGUCACAUCUUUCGAGCCUCCAGCUGGGGUCACCAUGGCCACGUUGAUCAAGGCCGCAGGUGCAAUCGUGCUUGGCCAGUUGACCCAUAAGGAAGCGAUUGUCUUCAGUCAAACAGUCAACGGACGCAGUGGGCUUCCCCUUUCUGGAAUUGAAAGUAUUCUGGGGGCUUGUCUCAAUUUCCUCCCUAUUCGCAUCGACAUUCAACCAACAUGGGAUGCAGCCUAUUAUCUCCGGCACGUACAAGACCAACACCUUCAAACCACAAGCUACGACGACAUGGACCUUGCCGACAUCGUCGAGCACUGCACUCCUUGGAAUCCACAGACAGCACUGGGUGCCAUCUUCCACCACCAGAGUUUGGAUACAACAUUGGAGAUAUCUCUGGAUGGACUCAAGAAUCCUCAGACAUUACAACAUAUUACAGAGUCAUAUAUGCACCAGGUGAUGCGAUUAGAGGUAUGGGUGUUCUCGAUGGCUGGGAAAGAUGGUCUCGAGAUCUCCAUCCGCGCUCCAGCCCACAUCCUACAGAUUCGAGAAGCAGACGAACUGGCACACAGGAUUGCUGCGGCAGCGCAGUUACUCGCGCGAAAAUCGGACAGAGCCCUCGCCGACAUCAUGCUCGGCUAA